UCUUUGCGCCAGCAGGAGUCAGGGCGGCCAAAGCGCUUUCAAGGUAUAGCAUAGUGUGUGUUGCCGAAAUCCGAGCAGGGGCAGUUGCGACGGCGAUGGACAUCCCAUGGUCAGAUUUGGACCGCCAGAGUAUGGGCCUGGAAGGUUGGCACACCAUUGACACUACCAAGCCCUUCACCUUUGCACUUCAAAACAUUGCUGGUAACAACGACCCAGACAACCACCUGAUGGUCUAUGCGCGCCUUUGGCAGAAUGGCAAAACUGUCAUGAAGCAAUUUGGUGGAGUAGGCAGCCCAGUCAACUCACAAUGGAAAAACUUGGCGGAUGGCAUGGUCUUGGUCGUGGACUACUGGCAGAGCCAAAAUCUGAACUGGUUGGAUGGAGUUGGCUGCGGAUACGGCAAGGAGUACUGUAGUGGCCAUCACGCAGACCUUUCAAAAAUGCAGAUCAUCUCCAACGAGUUGUGGAAUGGGCGCCCAGCCUGGUCUCAAUGGUGGCAUCCAUAGAUCCAUAGCAUAGCUGCAUAGCCGGCAUAGCCAUUGAGAGAUGUCGGGCAAAGAAUCCCAAUCCGAAACGGGCUGUGUCACUGCAAAA